UCGGCUUCCGUUGAGCACCGAGCAAGAUGGCAGCCUCCGAGACGGUUAGGCUACGACUUCAAUUUGAUUACCCGCCGCCAGCCACACCGCACUGCACGGCUUUCUGGCUUCUGGUGGACUUGAACAGGUGCCGAGUCGUCACUGAUCUCAUCAGUCUCAUCCGCCAGCGCUUCGGCUUCAGUUCUGGGGCCCUCCUAGGCCUCUACCUGGAAGGGGGACUCUUGCCCCCCUCCGAGAGCGCGCGCCUGGUGAGGGACAACGACUGCCUCAGAGUUAAACUAGAAGAGAGAGGAGUUGCUGAGAGUUCCGUAGUAAUCAGUAACGGUGAUGGUACGCAUUUAUCACCUAGGAAAGCAAAGAAGCGGGCAUUUAAAUUGGAGGAGGAUGAAGAAACUGAACUAGAUUACAAAUAUUCGAAGAAGCAUUGGAAGCGGCAACAGAAUAAUAGCAAUAGUGAGAAGGUUUUGGAUCUGGAACCAAAAACUGUCACAGAUCAUACUGCGAGGAAAAAAAACAAAAGGAAAAACAAAGCAACCUGUGGCGUCGUAGAUGAUGAUGAUGAAGAGACCAAAAGAAAAUCACCAAAGAAAAAGGAGAAAUGCGAAUAUAAGAAACAGAUGAAGAAUUCCAAAGCUCCUAAAGCGCAGGCCCCAAACAGUGGCAGGCAGGCUCCUGGACCUCCUCCCAAUGUGUCCGUUCCCCCUAGUUUAGGAAAAGUAUGGGGUAGGAGAGAAGACCUUCUUUCUUGGAGGGGAGCUAGGGGUCGGGGCAUGUGAGGAAGAGGUCGAGGACGAGGGAAUGGUGUUUCUUGUAUCUUGAAUAGAAACACUGAAUAUCAGAAGCAGCAGCAAUUGAAUGAAAUGUUAACAAACUCGUCUACUAUUAUCCAGAAUCCAGUAGAGGCUCUCAAGAAAGAUUACAGUCUGUUACCACUGUUAGCAGCUGCCCCUCAAGUCGGAGAAAAGAUCGCAUUUAAGCUUUUGGAACUAACAUCUGACUACUCUCCUGAUGUCUCUGAUUACAAGGAAGGAAAAAUAAUAAGCCACAAUCCAGACACCCAGCAAGUAGAUAUAGAAAUUCUUUCAUCCUUACCUGCCUUGAAAGAGCCUGGGAAAUUUGAUUUGGUUUAUCAUAACGAAAAUGGAACUGAGGUAGUAGAGUAUGCUGUGACACAGGAGAGGAGGAUCACUGUUUUCUGGAGAGAGUUGAUUGAUCCAAGGCUGAUUAUUGAAUCUCCAAGUGACCCACCAAGUACAGAACAUCCCCGAGUCUGACCUCACCGCUGCAGAGUUUAUAAAUGUGACUUGUUUGUGAAAGUGACUAUCACCUGAAUUUUUUUUUUU